AUGUCAUCACAAUUCCAGCUGGAACAGUCCAGCGUCAUAAAGACAGCACCGCCGGGACGUCAACUCGAAUUUUCCCCCAAAAAUGAGCCUUUAGACUUAGCUCCUUUAACGCAAAGUAAUCUACAGGAUUUGAGCAAAAUGCAGCCGUUAGAUUCACAAUAUUAUAUGCCAGCAUAUACUCGAGUAUAUCCUGAUUAUGCCACAACAAUUGGCCUAGGACAAACUACACAAUCAAGCUUAAUCAGUCAAACAUCUGGAUAUUUAUACAACCCAUCCGUUUUUGGAGGAAAUAUUGCAGCUGAACAGAAUGCAUGGAGUCGUCAACCAACUAUGGAUCAGUAUUCAAAUUAUCGUCAGACAACUUUGCAAUACACUCCACAAGAUCAAGUUGUUGUUGCUCAACAAGAACGUCAAGCCGCAGCAGCUGCGGCCGCCGUUUAUAAGGUCGACAUGCCAUCGCCUGUAGAUAGUGGUAUUGGAGCAGAUUUAAGUCUCAUAGCAAAUCCGAAAGAAGAAUUUUUCGGCUCGGAAAGCACAACUGGCACUUUAUCAGGUGGACAAUCUGGGUUAGAUCGAUCAUCAGAGAGAGCUUUAAGUCAUCGAGACUCCCCUGUUAUAAUUCCUAAACUACAUAACACAUUAGGCUUCCAAUAUGUUUUGGAAGCACCGAUAUCGACAUCCAUUCGGAGGGAAGAUGACCGGAUGACAUAUGUGAAUAAAGGCCAAUUCUAUACCGUAUCACUUGAUUAUAUCCCAGAUCCAUGCAAACCUUUGAAAAGCGUAACAGUAAAGAGUCAGCUUAUGAUAGUUUUCCGUGAAGAUAAGACAUACGAAGAAGAAAUCAAAACAUGGCAGUUUUGGCACAGUCGACAGCAUUCAGCAAAGCAACGAAUACUUGAGGUUGACGCCAAAAAUAGUAGUGGAUUUAUCGGUCAAAUAGAAGAAAUAGCACAUAACGCUGUACAAUUCUACUGGAACCCAUCAGAGCAAGGAAGUGUUAAGAUAAGUAUAGCUGUACAGUGCCUAUCGACGGAUUUCUCAAAUCAGAAAGGUGUUAAAGGCCUGCCAUUGCAUGUGCAGAUCGAUACCUAUGAUGGAGAUGCUGACAAGGUUCCAUUCCAUCGAGGAUAUUGUCAAAUAAAAGUUUUCUGUGAUAAGGGUGCUGAACGUAAACUGCGGGACGAGGACAAACGAGCACAGAAACGCAAAUUGGCAGGAGCUUUAUCUGGUCGUAAAAAAUCAGAUGGAGAAUAUCAUGAAGCGUGUGAUCGAUCAGAGUUCUAUCACAUGCGGGAACUGGAUAAGCCUGCAGCUUUAUUCGUGGCUCCUGAAGAAUUCGAACCUCGAUACUUAGAUGGUACAUCAACUCUCGGUUUUGAUAUGACGGAAAUGGAACCGAUUGCAAAACGACCGAGGCCAUCCGAACGAAUGAUGUUGUACGUUCGCAAACGGGAUGAACAAAUUUAUAUGCCGUUACAUGUAGUUCCAUCGAACUUGAGCGGAUUAGCACAAGCCAUUGCAAACAAAUUUUCAGUGGAUGCGGAUAAGAUUCACGGUCUUUAUAAACGAUGCGCAAAAGGAAUAACAGUUAAAAUGGACGAUGAAAUGUUACGGCAUUACUGUAAUGAGGAUACAUUCAUUCUGGAAAUAGAACCAGCACAAGAUGAUCCAACAUCUAUAGCGGCUACAUUAGUUGAAGUCAUGCCACCACAAUACUCAUCUAAUCAAUAA